AAAACGUAAACAAGGAAAUGUAAACCGUUCGGGACGCUGCGGGAAGACUAAUGAGGCGUUAUACCAACCUGCUGGCCAGCUCCUGCUGACUGUGUGUUCCCGGGGCGUUUAUUUCACCAAAUGCCAGCGCACUUGUAGCACAGCCACGCUGUAGAACCACAUAGGAUGGAUCUGGAGGGGGACGUGACGACGCCCAGGGCUGAAACCAGGGCUGAAACCAGGGCUGUACGAGAGAUGAACAACAACACGAGUACCGCUGUGAGCAAGUCUGGCGAUGACCCGCCCCCGCGGGACAACCGCUCGUACGAGUGCGAUGUUUGCUUCAUGCGUUUCACGCAGUUCGCCAACAUGCGGCGGCACAAGCUCAGCCACUCGGGCAUCCGCCCUUUUGAAUGCCGCCUGUGCCUCCGGCGUUUCUUCCGCAAGGACCAUCUCGUCGAACACACGGUUCGGAAGCACUCAAAGCAGAGGCCACUGCGCUGCCCCUUCUGCGCAAAGACAUUUCCCUCUGUGCCCAUGCUCAAGUGUCACCUCUCCAACGCCCACUCGUCGGGCUAUACUCCGCGCAGCAACAUUUGCAACAUAUGCGGCUUUGUCGCCACCUCGGCAGGAGGAGCAAAGAUUCAUUACAUGACCUACCACGUUCGUAGAGCCCUGCGUUCCUCAUCUCCAACUGAAAAUUCAUCAGGCCUAGCUUCCUUGCUCUCUUCACCGUACCAGGGUGCACAUGGUGAAGUCUGCACCUUGGGGCCAAGUACCAUGGCAAUGGACGUGUAUCGCGAGUCUUCCGAGGAUGGUGUGGGUGCGAUAGAGGUUCACCACAUUGAAGGGGACUAUUCGGAAAUAUCUCCUCGAAUCACGAGCGUAACGUCUCAGCGCGACUCAGCUGACAAGGGAGGCGAGGAGGACGACGACGAUAGCAUGAUCGUGGUGAAAUCGGAAAUGCAUGAAAGCAUCACCGACACGCUUACAGCUGACACUGGCGACAGCAACAACAACACAAACGUCAGCAACAACAACGCCUCGGCUGGCACUGGCACGAGGGCGGCUGGAGCUGACGAGAGCAGGGAUUCUCCUCACGACAAUCAGUCCACUGCGGAAGAUCAUGGUUUCAUUACCUCCGACACGGGAAACUGGACCAUGCCUUCAUCGUCGUCGUCACAAGAGCACUGCUCCCUGGGGACCAGCAAUCAAUGGAGCGCGACAGCGGUGCACGGGAACCACGACCUCGGCAUAGUCAUCUCUCCUCCACCAACUGCGGCAUUCGGCUCUACCUCCGCCACGGACAAAGCCGACGAGAAACAGAUGCGCAGCACGCCCGAAACGUCCACUGCCGACGGCGACAGUGGCGUCGACAUGCGCUACCCAAGCCCUUUGGCGUGCCAGUAUUGUGAUGUGGUCUUCUACGACCGCACCCUAUACCUUCUGCACCGUGGUGCUCACUCCUUCCGCAAGCCGUGGAGGUGCAACCUCUGCGGUCACCAGUGCAAGCACAGGUACGACUUUGCCAGCCACCUGCUCGCUCACCCGCACAUCUGACAACGCUUGCCGGUUGAUCACUGUGGAGCACCGCCACCUCAAGGAUGAGAAGUGGUUGUGAUGCGUUGCAUUUGUUUAUCCUUGUUGCAUUAUGUGUGGUUUGAAUGGUCACCACGAUUUCGGGGGCAGUGUGCUGCCGCUCUCCGAGAGCCGUAUUUUAUGGAGUAAUGAGGACUUCUGUUUGUUGGCUUGCACUUGAUGGAGGGACUGGUGCGAAACGCAAGUCUGAAAAACAGCGAUCAACCGGUGAAAAAAAAAAAAAAAAACUAGAUGCGUGCAUGCAUAGCCUUUGUUGUGUUGACUGAUCGUGACUCUAAACUUCUUCCUGUGGGAGUUGUCAGGCCGAAGCCACUCUUGAGAUUGAUGCUCCGUGUCUUGCAGACUAGCCUUUAUCAAAGGAACAUCGUCUCUUGUAACUUCCAACAAGUGAGCGCUGUCUCGCGACGAUUUCUGAACAUCUAUUUCUUAUCAAGUGUGUGCCUUAAAUCGUUUUUGAAUCGAAGCAUAAUUGUUGUUUCUACUGCAUGUUUACACAGGGGUGUCACCCGGCUCCUUUCUACUCGCAUCUUACUGUAUUUGUCGUCUCAUGAACUGGGCCUUUUAUGUGGUACCGCGUUGCGGCAUAAUAGUGAUGAAGGAGCACCGUUGCUCUCUACGUUAACUAUUCUAACCAUUCACCAGUCUGUGUCAUCUACAUCACCAAAGUGCCUUGUCGCAUUGCAGGUAAACUGAACUCGUUCUCCCCGCAUUCGGGGUGAAUCUCAGUAUGGACUGUUUCUUCCUCUGCUCAUGGCCACAGGUCUCUGUAUAUUUACCCCUGCUUGAGCAUAAGCUAUGCAUUAUAUAUACAUUAUUUGUUCCUGUGUUUGUAAGACACAGGGGUUUGUCAUUUUUUUUAUUGCACACGUUAUGAGCAUGUUGCUGUAGAGUGCUGGUACUACAUGAUUCUGAUCAUGUGUAAGAGUUGCUGCUUCACCAUCACCAACAAUCGUGGUGCUGCAAUUUUCCUUGUUGGACUGGGCUUGGAGUCAGCAAUUGCAUGAUAGUCUGUCUAAAAAGCCUGAAAUGACUCGCAUAGUUUAGCUGGAUGAAUGCAAGCCUGAACAGUUCAGACUUGGGAAGCACAGGUGGUCUUAGAGUGCGAGUUAGACUGAAGUAACUUUGGGUCACAUUGCUUUCUGAUGUUUUGAUUUCUUUGAACUAAAACUAAUUUAAAAUAUUGUUUUUUCUUGUGGGGGCUUAGCUAUGGAAGCAUUCCACCAUAGAUUCUCUAUUGUGAACAACUUUACAACGAAAUUUGGUACUCGGCUAGGUUUUAAUGACUAAAAGCACUCGUAAGAUUAGGUUCACACCAUUCUCUUGAUUAAACAUAUCAUACCUUAUGUUUGUUUUUCUGUAAUAAACCUACCAUAGCUGUUCAGAUUUUAUGCUGUAUCGUCCACAUUGACUGCCAUGGUCACUAAGUACAGCCCCACCCCCUUCAUUUUCUUACGACAACCAACGUGCCUUAUAAAACCAGAGUUGAACAUUCCUAUGCAGAUGCUAGUUGUAAUUGCCAACCAUCGCAAAUAUACCAUCAAAAUUUUUGGGAGCUGCAGAUAUGCUUAAGCUAACCGAUCGUCAGGGAUUCAUUAUAAUUUCACCACUUGUGUUGCAAUGUGUUAGUUGUGCUCGACUUUUUUUUUUUUUUAACUUUUUUGUGAUUGUCGUUUGGCAUGUUGUGUAGAACAAAAAGGUUUUCGCUUGUGGAGGUGGUUACCCCGCUGUCUUGUUUGGUCUCUAUAAGAUGCCAGCUCUGGUCUCUUUUCUUAUACCGGUGGAUCAAGUCGCCCAUAGUGCGACUUGAGAAAUGCAAUAUGUAGUGUGCUGUGUGUGCAUGUGGUUGUGUGAAGUUGAGCAUGCUUUUGUGUCUCAUAGCAUUUCAAAAAUCUAAGUGUGCAAUAUUGGUGUUGGGAUCCUCUUGUCUCUGCUUGUGCAGCGCUUUUUUUUUUGUUUCCUUGUUUGCUAGAGAAUUGUAUGUCUGUUGUUUGUUUUAUGUUGCUUCAUUUACCAGAAGGACGGCAUAGCUGUCUCUUGGGGACACCAGGCUCGUAUUGUUACUACUAGAUGAAUUAGUGUCAGUAGCAGGAGUCACGCUUUGUUUAGGUGUGAAAUUUGAUGCAUAGACCUGAAAUGUGCAGAUUUACGACGCCAGAGUGCCUUACUCUAUACUCAGAAUGGAAUUCCCCCAAGGUAUUUUUUUUUUUGUUAUAGCUGUUGCCGCUGUUAGCGCCUUGCUGUUUUCAUAAUCACAAUCGUGCCUUAAUGAAGCUACAAGCUAGCUGAAAGUACGAGUGCACCUGCCCACAAAUGUUUUUGGAGCAUUUAGACAUUUCAAAAAGCGUUUUGAAAUUGCAGUGUUGUUUAAUCCCAGAACUAUAAUACUCUGAUUUGUAGUAAAGCACUGCUACAAUGACUCUCACUCCAAAAAAUGUUGAUUAAAGAUACAGGUUUGCACCAGGUGCAGGUAUACAGGCAACUCAAUCAACUUUGUUUCAUACUUAUGGUUGGAAAAUAUAACGUUAUUGUUACAUAUGAGUAAAUACACCAUACUUAGCAAUAACAAGUUAUGUAUUACGGAUAUCUACAUCUUAUUCACGUAUAUGACAUGCUAUGUUUUGGUCGUGUGUCUUAGCAGAGCCUUCGUAGUUUUACCUACUGUGCAUAAUACAAUGCACGCAUUGUCUGCAGUGAAAUUUCUGGGUUGAUGCUGUGAGAACAUUUGCGGUCAUGAGGUGCACAUUGUAUACAUAGAAAUGCAUUUGUUCAAUCAAAUUACUAUGCACGGGACCGUUCAGAGGGAAACUUUUUUUACGUGUUGCUAAAAUAAAGAGUAACUCCUCCCUUCCCUUACUUUACCAGCAAGGAAUUGUAACCGUUUUCUUGGCAUAUAAAGUCUUCAUUUGUACCAUGUGC